GGUCCAAAUACAUCAGUACUUUGACAAGCAAACGCGAGUACUUCGAACACUGCUUCAUGCUCCCGCUAUAUUACAGACCAAAUGACAAUCGCUUCUUCGUCUGCCUUAGACAUGCCCUCACGAACGAACGAACGACCUAUAGGAAAUGGCAGUACUAUGGAAGCCACCCUUCCAACAUCCGCAACCCCUGUUUUCACUCAAGUCAAGCCAGAACUCAAUGCACCUGAAGAAGUUUCAGGACUGGAUAAUCAACUGAACACUCAAAAGAAGAAGAAAAAGAAGAAAGCGAAGAAGUCGAUGAAAGCGAACGAUACCCCAAAGGUUUCAGACAAUGUAGAUGAGGACCGUCCUCCAAUACUCUGUAUCAGCAGAAACAAGCAUUGGCGGUAUAUUAGCUCUUAUCAUGGACCAUGGCUACAACUACCAUUGGAACUUCUUGAAUCGCUCCUAAUUUUGAACUUAGAUCCUGCUACUUUAACUAUAUCCGACACACGAGUCUCUGCAGCAAAUUCAUCUUUCAGGGAUCCUCCUCAGGCACAUCGAAGUCGUGGUUUUGCCAGCGUUAGCGACCAUUCCUCUCCAGACUCUCCUCGCAGCAUGUUUACGAGCCUCCCACCACCACCGCCUUUACCUACACCCAAACCCGGGAAAGCGACUCCUCCUCCUAUUGAUCCCGGGGUCUUCCGUUCAGUAACUUAUAUUCGUCGUCUGAUAGACGAAGCUUCAGAAUUGUCCGUGCGUGCAUCGUCAGGGUUGUCCGCCGCAGCCCUUGGUUCAUUACGCGGAGGUUCGAGCUUUAGUCGUGAUCCAUGGGGUGCUGCACAUGUUCUAGGAAUAAACGGCAUGAACGACGGUAAUGGCGGGCGUCAGAUCUCAAUGUCGCCUACGCGUAUACACAAACUAAGAGUUCUCGCGGUGCAGAAGUUGGCCGCCGCCUACAAGGCUGAUGAGAUCGCAUCAAGCGUUAUGGUCAUGCAGGGUGGAAGCGUCUUUGAUGACAUUGCGGACCGGGUCCUUAAAGUUGAUCCUAAUGACGUCGAUGCAAAAUAUGUUCAAUUCUUCCACGAAAAGAUUCCUUCACGGUCGUAUAGGCAGUUGGCCGAAUCCACAACUACUCAGCAACUUGAUCAUCUAAUAGCUAUACAACCCCAUCGCUUGGAGUUUUAUCGUACUCGCGGUAUCGUCCACUGUUUCCGGGACGACUAUGCACUGGCUGUCAAAGACUUCACCUAUGUCUUACGAGAAUCUCGCGCCAUUCGUAAAGCUCGAUCCUCGCAUCAUACGAAUGGUACCUCAGGAGAACCGCAUGGCAAAGGCACGAAGAAAAGGAAGGGGAAAGCUGGCGGAUCAAAAAGCAACGGUCAAGCCCCGCCGAAUGGUACGAGUGCUCCUGCCAUAGCUCACUCGCCCAGUAUAGAUGGGCCGGACGGAGAACCACUGUUACUCCACCCGUCCGUCCUUCCAGAUGCUCCUGAGCCCAUCGAGCCGCAGUGCGUGUUCCUUCGUGGUGCGGCCUAUCUGCAGCACGCAGUUCAUCUCAUCGAGGAGGCUAUCCUCAAGUUAGAAGGUGUCCGCAAAACGCCAUCCGUGGAGGGAUCGGAACUUCGACUCUGUUACAUUGAAAAUGGAAAGUACGGUGGAGUCGAGAUCGGCAAUCCGGACGGCCCUCUUGGUAGCAGGGACGGAGAUAAACUCAAAGCAUACAGAGAAGGGUUGGCAAGCAGCGUAUUCAGAGACCAGAUCACAGGUCUUCUCAAGAAGGCUUUGCGCGACCACGAGAAGUUCUUGACUUACUUCGACACACUUGAAGGCUCCGAGGACGGCCAGGAUAGGGACUUGGCGCAGAAGGCUGAACUUGCAUACCACCUGUGCGAGAAUUUGCGCCAGAAUGGCCAGCAUGCCCUGCCCCCUCUUCCUGACAUCCCUGUAAUGUUCACUACUUAUCAUCCACUCUUGGUCGAGUCACAUUUCAGCGUUUUGCUCUGCCAACUGAUGCUAGGCGACUUCGCUUCUCUUAUCCCCACAUUCUAUCGCACUGCACAGCUCGUAGAUGGGCUAGAAGGGUACCCCGUCUUCCUUCCUCCUCGCUCUAUGUCUCAAGCAGAAUUUAUCGAGGUACUCGAGCGCCUUGCAGGCGGAUGGAAGAACGGCAUACAAGCUCAUUCUCUAUCUGAAGACAGUGACGAAGAGUUAACGCCUUCCAUCAUUGUGUCAUCGAGGUCUCCCAAUGGGAAGGGUAUAGAUCGGUCAAUGUUGUCACCUAUUGCUACAUCCGCGGCUUCAUCAUCAUCAGAUCUCACUAUAGACACAUCGCUGUCGGAGUACUCGUCUAUUGCCACCGCAAGUUUCACAGGCGUCAACGGGUCUAGCUCAAGUCAAGCUUACCAUGAAACCCCGGCAACGGAUACGCCCUCCACAACUUCUGUUGACGACACUCUUCCCAGUCCUACCAUGCUUAUUCACCUUCCAGUGCGCGCUGCAGCAAUAGUUGCGGAUGUUAGAAGUCGUGAACGAGACAACCUCGUCGAGUCUUUGGAUUGCGCUCGCAUGCUUCUCGGCCCCAUUGCAGCCAGACAGCGCCAGAAGAAGGUGGAGAAAUCUUCUCUGGAGAAAGCGACUGCGAAUGGUAAGAAGAAGCCGUUGAGUAUCAAUAUCCCUCUACACGGGCCAAGGGUGGAGAUUAUGCUUGCGUGGAUUGGUGCGGUACAUUUGUUUGACCUGGAUACCGUAGCAUAGAUACCUAGGUUCAAUGGGUUAUCGGGUUGUAGCGACGAUAGCUGAUAUAGGAUACCUGCCUUGUUGUAGUAUCGAUAGUUGUCCAUCAGUGCUCGAAACACUCUCGUUGAGGAUUCUC